AUGAUCAAAUGGAUCGAGAUGCAUAUUUCGCUUAUCAACGACCGUCCCUUGAAAAGUAUUUCUAUUAUGUACCAAGUUCUUUCAGGGUGUGAUCAAUAUCUCUCUUCAGCUUCCUAUCUUUUGUUGCAUUUAGUAACCCUUUACCAUCUCUCUCUCUCUCUCUCUCUCUCUCUCUCUCUCUCUCUCUCUCUCUCUCUCAACGCCUCUUCUACUAUACACCCACACAAAUCCGUAGUGUUUUUUUAUUUUUAUUUUGUUUCUCUCUCUCUCUCUAUCUAUCUAUCUAUCUCUCUAUCUCUCUCUCUCUAUCUAUCUAUCUAUCUAUCUAUCUAUCUCUCUCUCUCUCUCUCUUUUCUUGACACUUUUGUUGAUUUUUGUAUUAAACAUGGUUGUCGCCUUCAACCUUUGCAUAAAAUUACAGAAUUUAAAUAUUCAGUUUUCCUUAGUCUUUCGAAUUUGUUUUCUUUAAAACUCUCUUUGCCUUCUUUUUCUUCCAUUAUCAUUUUCUUUUUCUUUAAUUUUCUUUCCUUCUCCUUCAUCUCUUUUCUUCUAUCAUAUCUUUAUAUCAAUUCUCUUCUUUUCUUUUUUAUCCUUUUCAGUCUUCUUUAA